AUGAACAACUCGACCAGGUUCCUCUCUCUCUUUCCUCCUCCUCCUCUCUUCCUCUUCCGUGGCCUCUUCAUCGGCCGCAUAAGUAAUCUCCGCCGUUUCCAUCGCCUGGCGUCUGCUCCUUCCUCCAUUGGCUCGGCCAAUCGCCGCUCUCUCACUCUACUAGUGUCUUUACCGCCGAUUAUCCCCUCGUUUCCCACAGGGCGUCUCCAUACUCACCGAGUCCGAGUCUCCGCCGCCGAUUUUGUUCCUUCUAACCACCACCAGCUGCCUGAAUGGACAGAGCUACUCCAAUCUCUCUCCGAAGCUGGUUACUUCUCAGAUUCCGGGCCAAUUUCCGGUAUCGAAAACGAAUUUCUUCCUGGUUUUCCAGAUGAGCUCAUCCGUCCUGCUCUUGCUUGUUUAGCUCUAGCUCGUGAUCGACCCGAAUUACUCGAAAUGCUAUCGAGGAGAGACGUCGAAGUGGUGGUGGAGAAUGGAAAGCCAUUCUUAUUUAAGACUGGCCCUGAUUCACUCAAGAAGAUGAGCCUUUACCUGACAAGUGGUCCUCAGGGCAUUGUUAAGAUAAUGGAUACGGAAAAGGCGACUACAGUGGAUUUGAUGAGGCUUCUUUUGAGUUAUGUUGUGGACUUUGCUUCUUCUGAGGGAAGCAAACACCAAAACCAAGAGAUUGUGGAGUCAUCGAUUCGAAGCCUUUUGAGCCAGAUAUCAAAUUUUCGUGAUCAGUUCUCAGAUAGAAAUGGACAAGCAGUGGGGUCCUUUCAGAAAAACAUUGAGAUGAAACGUGGUGACUGGAUUUGCUCGAGGUGCAGUGGCAUGAACUUUGCGAGAAAUGCCAAAUGCUUCCAGUGUGAUGAAGCAAGACCAAAGAGGCAGCUAACUGGUAGAGAAUGGGAGUGUCCCCAAUGCGACUUCUACAAUUACGGGAGGAAUGUAGCUUGCUUAAGGUGUGACUGCAAGCGACCCGGGGGCUUCUCACACAAUUCAACCAACUCUGGUUAUACAAACGAUCCUGAACUUGAGAGAAGACUGGUGGAGAAUGAAGAGAAAGCACAGAGGUGGUUUAGUAAAGUAGCACAGGGUGGUUCUUCUGAUGCGAACAGUGUUAAUACAGAUGAAGAUUUUCCAGAGAUUAUGCCUUUGAGGAAAGGAGUGAACAGAUUCGUUGUUAACACGAGAAAGACACCUCUUGAGAGAAGGUUAGGUAACGCUGAGAACAGUGUAGCUACAGAUGGGAACGACGAUAUGGCAUUGGGAAGUAAAACGAAUAGGAGCUUGAACGAGAUUCUCGGUUCUUCAUCUUCCAGGAGGUUUGAAUCUUCUCAGGUAGUUAACUCCGAUUUUGUCCCGUUCGUGCCACUACCUUCGGAUAUGUUUGCCAAGAAGCCCGAGAAGGAAGGUAUCACCGAAAACAACCAAGUGAAUGGUGUCUCAGGCGACAAUCGAAAUGUCUAUCAAGAGGACAAGUCAAAUGCAGAGCUCUCUGGCAAAGAAACAGAUAGUCCUGAAAAGGAUGAGAAGGAAUCAGAGGAGAAAUCAGAGAGGUGGUUCAAGAGGGUUACCGAACUGCACAACGUUUCAGAUCUGGAAAGCACUAUACCGGAGGAGAAUUCUCCUGAGAAAAUGCCAAUGCGAAAAGGAGAGAAUCGGUUUGUGGUGAGCAGGAAGAAAGACCCUUCACUGACUUCUCCAGCAAACAAGAGACGAAUGUCCAUGGAACCAAAAGAUUCAGACUUUGUCCCAUUUGUCCCUUUCCCACCUGACUAUUUCGCCAAAGAGAAACAGCCGAAGGAAACAACAGAUACUAUUCCAGCUCCGGCGACAGAAACCGCUUCUCAGGUAGUAGCAGAAGAAGAAGAACCAAGAGAACCUCCAAGCAAUACUCCUGAAACAAUGGCGGGGAAGAUUAGAAAUGGAAAGAGCUUGGAAGGUUCGUUAGUGAAGGAGCCUGACUUGUUGGACAUGUCGGAGGAAGCUAAAGCAGAGAGAUGGUUUAAGCGAGUAGCUGAGAUUAAGAACAUAUCGGAGCUGAGUCAGAUCCCUGACGAAGAUUUCCCGUCUAUAAUGCCGAUGAGGAAAGGAGUGAACAGGUUUGUUGUCAGCAAGAGGAAGACUCCAUUGGAACGGCGUUUAGCUUCUCAACGACACCAGAGAAAUCCUCCUCCGAUCACAGGCUCGGAUCCGGCCGGUGAAAGAGAUACAUGA